CCACCAUUAUGGCACAUCCAAACAAAAGAAAGAAGCAACUUAAAGCUGCUAGAGCCAAGAAGCAUCAUGAAAUUGAUGAAAGAGCUUCUGAUUACUUUGCUGUUUUAUUAACGGCUAGUAGGCCUUCAACUUACAUUGGAGGUUCUAAAAGAAUUCAAAGAUGUAAAAAAGCGAAGCUAAGGAAAGCUGCACAAAAUACCCGGUCAAUCACUACUUACUUAGCUCCUGCUUUAACGACUUCUACUUUAGAAUCAUCUACAGAAUCAAUAGAGAUGGAAUCAAUUGAGAUGGAAUCAAUAGGGGUAGAAUCAGCAAAAAUGGAAUUGAUAGAAGUGGAAUCAACAGCAGAUUUAUCUGCAGAAAUUGAUCUUGAUGAGAGAACGAAAAUGAGGUUGGCAAUUGAGGAGUUGGAGAGGACAUUGAAAAAGGAUGACAAUCAAAUGGAUAAAGGUGUAAGGGCUCAAAAUUGGAUAAAAUGGCAAAAACUUCCAAAAGAGAACUGUGAUAAAUUCACAAAGGUAUCAAGCCUUCUUGAUGAUGAGAGAAUAUCUAUGAAGGUAUUGAAAGAAAAAAAACUAUAUGUGAGAAAACGGCAUGGAGAUGGCUUAAAAAACUGGGCUAGCAUUAAAUUGGAGCCCGUUCUUGUUGAAUAUAAUGACAAAGAUCUCUCUAAGUUAGUAGAGAAGAAUAUUUCUCCUAAACAAAAGCGACAUUGUGAACACAAAAUACAUCCAAAAGGGCAGGGCAGGGGCAUCCAUGUUAGUAAAUUUUUGUGUGAACCACUAGGUCGAGUUCAUUUAACUGAAGAACAACAUGCAGCCUAUCCUGAAAUCCCAAAAU